GUCUGCCUGCAAAAAACGCGAAUCUCUCUCUCUCUCUCUCUCUCUCUCUCUCUCUUUCAUCCCCUCGAAAGCGAAAUCAGACUGCAAAAACAAAUCACGCGAGAAAACGGAUCCAAAAGUACAAAACAACCACGAUAACACGAAAACCCUAGCCCCAGCCGCGACUCCCCCCCGCCUCUCUCUCUUCUGUACAAUAUACACACCUCUGCGCGAGGUUCGAAGCAUAGGCACGUGCUAGGGUUAGGGUUUGCUGUUAUGGAAUGCAGCGGUGGUGGUGGUGGUGGUGGUGGUGGUGGCAGGCGAUGACCGGAGGCCGAUGUCACCGCCGAAGGAAGAUGAUGGGUAGGGGUGCGGACGGAGGUUGCGGCACCGAGGAGAAGCCUUGCCCAAUUUCUAGGGUUCCUUCCAAAAUUUUGUCGAAAGAAAGCGACAAUUUCGAAGAACAAACAACGACAGCCUUAGAUUUCUACACUCAGGCUCGGAAGGCGCUGUGCCAACGCUCGCCGUUUGACGCUGAGGAUGCUCAGGUAUCUUCUUCUUCUACCGUCUUCACUCUCCCCAGUGGUCUGGCCAGUUGCUUCUUGUCGAGGCAUUUGGAUGGUCGUAAGCGGCACAAGAAGUCUCAUUCGUCCGGCGUGGAGGCCAAGUCCUCAGGGGCAGCAGGAGGCAGCGUAGAGAAGCCGAAUAAGUUGAACAUUUGGGUUGAGACUGAGGAGUACUUCAGGGAAUUGAAAGUAGAUGAUAUUGACAAGUUGCAUGAGUUCUGGUCUUUAGUUUUUUCAGAUAGUCACAAGUCUUUCUCAAUCCCAGUUAUAGGAAAUGUAGUCGUUGUGAACGAGGUAAAUGGUGUGAAUGCAAAUGCGGUCGGUUCUGACUGUGGGGUGUUUGUUAAAGAGGAGGAGGAGGUGGUGGUUAAGGAGGAGAAGGAGGAGGAGGAGGAGGAGGUUGAGCAUUUCAUGGAAGUUGAUAGUGUUGGAGCUGAUAUUUUGCUUCAAGAAGAGAAGGGUUGCUCUUCUUUGUCGCAGUGCAGUAGUGGCGUAGAGUGGCUUUUAGGUUCAAAGAGCAAGAUACAUCUCACCUCUGAGAGGCCUUCGAAGAAACGGAAGCUCUUGGGUGGGGAUGCAGGGUUAGAGAAGCUUCUUGUUGCUUGUCCAGUUGAUGGGUUGUCAUCGUUGUGCCACUAUUGUAGCUUGGGUGACACGGGCAAUCAGUUGAACAGAUUGAUUGUUUGCAGUGCAUGUAAUGCAGCAGUUCAUCAGAGAUGUUAUGGUGUGCAGGAUGAUGUAGCGGCAUCUUGGUUGUGCUCUUGGUGUAAGCAGAGGAAUGCAGUCCAAAGCUCGGACAGACCUUGCUUGCUGUGUCCAAAGCCGGGUGGUGCUUUAAAACCUGUUGGCAAGAGAGGCGUCGGAAAUGAAAGUGGUGGCUGUAUGGAGUUCGCUCAUUUGUUUUGCUGUCAAUGGAUGCCGGAGGUCUAUAUUCAGGAUAUGAGAUUAAUGGAGCCUGUUAUGAAUAUUGAGGAAAUAAAGCAAACAAGGAAAAAACUGAUUUGUUACUUGUGCAAGGUGAAGUGUGGUACCUGUAUCCGGUGUAGCAAUGGAACUUGCAGAACUUCAUUUCAUCCUAUUUGUGCAAGGGAGGCAAGGCACAGAAUGGAGAUUUGGGGAAAAUUGGGAUGUGAUGAUGUUGAGUUACGGGCCUUUUGCUCAAAGCAUUCAGAAGUCCAGAAUGGUUGCAGCACCCAACAGUCAGGAGAUAUGUCUAUGACAGUUGCCUCUGAUUCAACCAUUACGAAGGAUCAACUAGUGACGCCAACAGUGAACAAACCACACAAAUUUAAAGUUGGCCGGAAAAAUGGAGAUAAGAUCUCUGUCCAAAUAGAAGCUACUGAUCUUGAUGUAAAGAAGUUGGGGAAUGCUAUGCUACACGGGGGACUGUCAGAUGCCAGAUCAAAUUCUAUGCUGCAGCCUGGAUGUGGUAAUGCACAGCAACCUGCUAGUACAGUGACAUUGGGCAGGAGCCUUAGUGAUGAUGUUAUCACAUCCGAUUCUCUAGAUUUUACAGGGAUUUUGAAAAAGCUAAUUGACAGACGAAAAGUCAAUAUGAAGGAUGUUGCCUCAGAGAUUGGCAUUCCACCUGACUCAUUAGCCUCAAUGCUUGCUGACAAUUGUGUGGUCCCAGACUUGCGUUCCAAAAUUGUGACAUGGUUAAAAAAACAUGCUUAUAUUGGUAAUUUAAAGAAAAAUCUGAAAGUUAAGAUCAAGUCCUCAUUUGCGUCAAAGGAUGGCAUGGGGGCUGCUGAAGGUUCUGAUGCUGUCUUGGUUUCGGAGUCAGAUAGCCCGGAGGUUGUUCCUGUUAAGUCUGUACCACCAAGGAGAAGAACCAAAAGCAACAUUAGAGUUCUGAAGGAGAACAAGGUAAUUUGCUCAUCGAGGGAAAAGAUUAGUGACGAAGAAAUAAUAGUUGAUGAAGCUGAUAGAGGUCAUUUGAUCAGUGAAGAUGCAAGCUAUACAACUAAAGAAGUUGUUUUUGAUGUCACCAAGGAGAAUUUGAAUCAUGAAGUGGUUCACAAUUCAUUGGAUAACAGUUCACCUACACACGAAGGUGGUCGAGGACAGUGGGAUGCUAUCUCUGAGCAGAAUGUGACCUCAAAUUCAGAUCCAGACAAUACUUUAUGCUCUGGAGUUAAGAACAAUAUACGUGAUCCCAUAAAAGCUGAGGCAGUGUUCAGUUCUUACAUUCACCCACUUAUCCGCGACAAAAUGAUGAUAGUGCAGAAUGCGGUGCUUUCAAGUAAUGCAGCAUCUGAAUGUCAUGGUUCAAUGGACCAGGAAUUUUCUUCUCUGGAGGCAUCUUCCAGCUCUGGCAUAUGUGAUCAGCGCAUUGAAUGUUUAGAUUCCUGUGACAUAUCUGAAUUUGAUGGAGGAAAGCUAGAACAGUUGGCUAAAGCCAGGAGUAUGGGUGUUCUAGAAAUGAAUCCAGAAGACGAGGUGGAAGGGGAAAUUAUUUUUCACCAGCAUAGGCUGCUCUGCAAUUUGGUUGCGAGAAAGAGCAUUAGUGAUGAUUUAAUUUGCAAGGUCGCGAAGGGUCUACCACAGGAGAUUGAUGCCAUUGCCAAGCAAAAAUGGGAUGCUGUACUUGUCAACCAGUAUCUUUCCGAGCUUAGAGAAGCGAAAAAACGAGGAAGGAAAGAGAGAAGGCACAAGGAAGCGCAGGCUGUGCUAGCUGCUGCAACUGCUGCCGCUGCAGCUUCAUUGAGGAUCUCUUCGCAAAGGAAAGAUGCGCCAGAUGAAGAGAAUCUAUUGAAAGCGAACCAUUCGACUGGAAGACCUGGGCUUUACUCUCAGCAGAUGCCACGGGCGAAGGAGACACUUUCAAAGUUGGCUGUUCCACGGGUUUCAUCACAAAUAAAAUCUGAUUUUGGAGCAAUCUCAGGUUUUUCUAAAGAACAUCCAAGGACUUGUGACAUCUGCCGACGGUCUGAGACAUUUCUCAACCAGAUCGUAGUGUGUUCGAGUUGCAAGGUUGCGAUUCAUUUGGAUUGCUAUCGUAGUGUUAAUGAUUCUACGGGUCCAUGGUACUGUGAAUUAUGCGAGGAUUUAUUGUCAUCAAGAAGUUCUGGAGCUCCAGCUAUGAAUUCUUGGGAAAAGCCUUAUUUUUCUCCAGAAUGUGGUUUAUGUGGUGGCAGUGCUGGUGCUUUUAGGAAGUCAACUGAUGGUCAAUGGGUCCAUGCCUUCUGUGCUGAGUGGGUUUUAGAAGCAACAUUCAGAAGGGGACAAGUGAAUCCUGUUGAGGGAAUGGAGUCAGUCUUGAAGGGGAGUGACAUUUGUUACAUCUGUCAUCGCAAACAAGGUGUCUGCAUAAAGUGCAAUUAUGGCCACUGUCAGAGCACUUUUCACCCCACCUGUGCUAGAACUGCUUCUUGUUACAUGAAUAUGAAGACAAGUGGUAGCAAGUUGCAACACAAGGCGUAUUGUGAAAAGCAUAGCUCGGAGCAGAGAGCUAAGGCGGAGACUCAAGGGCAUGGAGUUGAAGAAUUGAAAAGUCUUAAGAAAAUUAGGGUUGAAUUGGAGAGACUACGUCUGCUUUGCGAGAGAAUUAUCAAGCGAGAGAAAGUGAAGCGUGAGUUGGUCUUCUGCUCGCAUGAAGAACUUGCAGCGAAGAGAGACGCUGUUGCUUUGUCUGCUCUUGUUCGUACUCCUUUUUUCCCAACUGAAGUUAGUUCAGAAUCAGCUACGACAUCCCUUAAAGGGUCAGGCAGUGAAGCAAUCCAUAGAUCAGAUGACAUAACUAUUGACAGCACAGUUUCGGGUAAACGUCGUAUUAAGAUUCCCGUGUCUAUGGACAGUGACCAAAAGACUGAUGACAGCUCUACAUCACAAAACCUUUUUAUGCAAAAACCAAGAGAGAGGGUGUCGUUUGCUGGAAAACAAAUCCCUCAUAGACCAUCAUUUGUUGCGUCUGAGAAUCUUUUGGAUGAUGGGGAGAAGAAGUCAAAUGGUAGAAAGCAUACAGAAACAUUUGAAAAGGAGCUUGUAAUGACAUCAGAUCAGGCAUCUGUGAAGAAUCAGCGAUUACCUAAAGGAUUUGUUUAUGUUCCUAUUCGAUGUCUUUCAAAGGAGAAAGAGUCUGACCCGGAUUCAUAUUCUGGCAAACCAUUGGAACGUAAUGGGUAACCCAAGAGUAUAUGGUAUACCCUUUUGGGGUUUUGACUAUCCUGUUACCCUUAUCCCGGAUCUGUGCUUUCUGCCUAAGUGAUAUUUUCCGGACUACACCGCAGAAGAGAAUUGCUGAUUAUUCUCGGAGAUAGGGUCCCGGCCAGAGCAUUCUUCUUGAGGGUCGUUCUGGUUUGCCUAAAUGAAGUUUUGUGUCGUUGUAAAUUCAUUGAAAGAGCGAACUGUACAGUAGGUUAGGGUUUGUUACUGUUGCAUGUAAUCAAGUGGCUCAUAUUGUAUCGAAUGCUUGUUUUCUCUGAUUCUUGUACUUGUAUACGAGAGUUAGAUGGUAUCACCUACUGUGCAGGAUAUGUAAAGUUAGUACUGUAAAUGUUCUUACAAUGCCACCCUCGAAGCAGUUGUAGGCAGCAUCAGAAUUAUAAAAGGGCAUUUUAAUGAUUCUUUGAGGAAA